AUGCAACCUUGCAGCAGAGAAAUGCAAUCCCUCAACUCCCUUUUCAACUCUUGUUCUUCUCCACCUCCUCAAAUCCCCAUUCCUCUCCAAAACCACCCACAGAUCGAAAUCAACAACGACAACACAUUCCAACAACAAGACGAUUUCCUCAAACAAAUGCUCUCCAAUCUCCCUCCAUCCUCUCCCUGGAACAACGCUAAACCCUUAUGGGACCCUAACUCCGACGAGCCUCUCACUUUCCCUUACGACGAACAAACCAACCUCUCCUCCAAGUUUCGUAACCACCAGAUCACUGACAAAACCACUGCCGCCGCUCUCAUGCUUCUCAUGCCCACACCCGCCGAUUCCGGACUCCUUCACAUGCCAACUGACUUUGACUCCUCUCAAAACGACGUCGUUAACCUUUUACAGCCUGCUGACGCUUCCGUUCAAGCUCUCUAUAACGGUUUCUCCGGAUCUCUCCACGCCGUCGCCAAUCAAACUCACCAUUUUCAACCACCUCAGGUGCAAAGUUUUGGAGGUGGUUCAGUGAGUGCGGGGAACCAGGCGCCGGCUAGUGGUGCUCCGGCUCAGCCAAGGCAGAAGGUUAGGGCUAGGAGAGGUCAGGCUACUGAUCCACACAGUAUUGCUGAAAGGUUAAGGAGGGAAAGAAUUGCUGAGAGAAUGAAAGCAUUGCAGGAACUUGUUCCAAAUGCUAAUAAGACAGAUAAGGCCUCCAUGCUGGAUGAGAUAAUAGAUUAUGUCAAGUUCCUACAAGUUCAAGUCAAGGUUUUGAGUAUGAGUAGAUUAGGCGGAGCAGCAGCUGUUGCUCCCCUUGUUGCUGAUAUGUCCUCCGAGGGUAUCAGUGACUGCGUCCAAGCUAACGGAAACAGUGGGGUCCACGUUAGAAACCCUAAAACGUCGGCGUCGAACGAGAGUCUCACAAUGACAGAGCAUCAGGUGGCCAAGCUGAUGGAGGAAGACAUGGGAUCCGCCAUGCAAUACUUACAAGGGAAAGGUCUCUGCCUCAUGCCGAUUUCUCUCGCCACUGCAAUCUCCACUGCCACGUGUCACAACAGGAACCCUUUGAUUAACGCUCCCACCCACAAUAUCAACGCUAUCCCCGCAUCCAACGGUGAUGGCCCAUCCUCUCCCGGAAUGUCCGUUAAUAGCGCCGUCAAAGAUGCUAACUCCGCUUCUAAAUCGUAG